AUGAAGCAGAAAAGACUUGCCCCAGAUGAAUUGUUCUGUCCGGAGCGCCUGACCCUACGUUUGCCGAACUGCGUUGGUAGCUCUCGACGGACAUCCGAUGAUUUAUGCGUGCCUAUAGACUGCGAAAAUGAGCUGACUUGCCCUCACUCCCAUGUUGACAGAAAGUUGAAAUGGCAUUACCACGGUGAUGACUCCUUUUGGGGAUCCUUGUACACCGGUGGGCGUCUUGGACCAGAACAAGACCCCCCGAAUGCUAAGAAAGAAGUAAUAUGGAAGGGGGGUCGGAGAAAGAGGGUGUUGGAGGGUGGGAGUAAGACCGGGGAGAGGAUCGGAGGGAGGGGGAGAGUGGAAGGGGAGAAUGGUAGUGGUGUGAGAGAGAGCAAGCCAUUAACGAACCCCCGAGCUGCCUGGAUCUGA